AAUGUCAGUAAGUAUUGUCAGUUGUUCUGUGUUGUUUAUUUUGCCCAAAAAUUGAGUUUAUUUUUAUAAAUAAACAAAAAUGAAUGAUAUAUGUUCGACAUGCCUAAGUACGGACCGCCGUUUAAUUCCUUUACGAGAAAUAGAAGAGCUACUACAUAAUUUACAUUUCGUAGAGUUAAACAUGUCUACAAAUGCAGUUUGUUGGGAAUGCUUGAGUAUUCUUCACAAGUUCCACAGAUUUAAGAAAAGAGCGCAAACAGCUCAGAAUAUAUUAUUACAGAGUACACAGACAAAUAUAAAAUGUCUAUCUACAUUGACUCAACACACAACACUGUCUUAUGAUUACAAGUACAAUUUUGACACUGAUCCGCUUAACAGAUGUGACCACAUACCAAAAGCUGAGACAGAUUUGAUAAAACAAGAAUUAAUAGAUGAGAACGAUGACAAUAUAGAGCAUUUGGACACUGAUGACAGUAUAGAUAAGUCAGACUUUAAAGAUAUCAUAGAAAAUAUUUACGUUGAAGAAAUUAAUACUACUAUAGACAAAAGUAUAAAACCAGAGAAAAUAUCAAACAAAAUACCCAUAGAUAAUUCUUUAAAUGAACCUCAAAACGUUUACACAGAGACAAUAGACACAAAACCCACCAAAGAGUUAGUUCAAACUGAAAUAAAUAAGAAAAAACGUGUGAAAUCUAAAAAGGUUUUACACAAAGCUGAUAUUGAAGAGAAAGAGAGUGAAAACAAGUUUGUAAAAGUAGUUCUAAGUGAAGAAGAGAUGAUAAAACUAAGAGAAGAAAAGAGAAAUCAUCAUAACUAUAUGAAAUUACCUUUCAAAUGUGAUUCCUGUGUUCUCGGUUUUAUGAGAGAGGAAACUUAUAAUUUACAUGUUAAGAAAAAACAUGAUCCGAGCAUAGGAAAUGACGUAUGCAAAGUCUGUAACAUCCGUUUCCCUUACAAGUUGUCACUAACCAAGCACUAUGACUCUCACUAUGUGCGCUACAGCUGUCUUAUAUGUACUCAUGUUGUACAUGAACUUAGUGCCGCUGUCAGUCACUGUAAAGUCAAACAUGCUGAUGAUACGGUGGAUAGGAUACAUUGUCAUCAGUGUAGUGUUGUUGUCAGGAAUGCAAAAGAACUUGAGGAACAUGUCCAAUCUGUACACACGCUGUAUUGUAACGAGUGUGGAGAGAAAUUCAAGGGAAAAGAUACUUUGAGAAGACAUAAAGCACGCACCCAUUCCGCCAAAAGAGAAUUCAUAUGCGAUAUAUGCACGCGAUCUUUUAACACUAAGAAACGUCUAGAAACUCAUAUGGCGAAACAUAAUGAGAACUUAGCUAAGAAACUGGCUUACUGCAGUGUAUGUAAUGUUCAGUAUAAGAAUAUAUUUAUAUAUAGGAGCCAUUUGAGAACUAGUACUAACCAUGCUGAGAAUGUGUACCCAUGCCCAGUGUGUAAGAAAAAAUUCGCGUCCAAACUGUACUGCAGAAAUCAUUACAAUUUCUACCAUUUACGGAAAUCUAAGUUUAAAUGUGAUUUAUGCAAUAAGCUUUUCAUAUCAGAUUGGCGGGUAAAAUGCCAUAAACAGAUACAUCAUGGUUUGAGCCGGACCAGAGAUCAUCCAUGUAAUAUAUGUAACAAGAAAUUCUAUACACUAGCAAUGCUUCGGAUGCACAAAUUAAUUCAUUCUGAUCAACGGUCGUACAUGUGUGCAGAUUGUGGCGACACUUUCAAACAAUCGGCUUCUUUGUACACGCAUAUUAAACUUGUACAUAGAGGUGGGGGGCGUAAGAAGUAGUGGGGAUGUAGAAAAACUGUUGCGCAACUUUCCGCAAAAGCUGUAUGCUGUUGCGCAAAAGAAGUGUGAUGUUGUGCAACUUUGCGCAAAGGGUUUUUUGUGAUUGCGCAACUUGGCGCAAAGAAUUUCGUGCUAGACAUAAAUAGUAAAUAUUGAUGCUGUUUAUUUAUGAAUAAUUUACAAUGUGACGGAAAUUAUUUAUGUUCAAAUAAAAAAAAUCGACACGGUU